UCAUUUACCCUAAAUACGAAAAUGAACAAAAGAAUACUCUUUUUCUUUCCUUACUCUCAACCCUUAAUUUAAAUUCCAAUGCGAACCCCAAUUAGCAAUCAGAUCGCCAUUUAGCAAUCCAAAAUUGAUGAUUGGCGUCUGGCGAUGCUGAAAAACCAGUUCUGGGCACACGUGAAAUCCAGAAUACGUGGGCUCUUCCCAUCUCAACCCAUUUUCAAGCUUCGCAGACAAGCUCAUACUUCGGCUCACGACCAUCUUAUUCAAACCCGAAUAGCCCAUGGACGAGUCCUUAAACUAGGAAUUUCAACUGUAGAAUCAGGCAUUGUCAAGUCUUAUUGUGAAUCCAGCGCAUUCUUGGACGCCCGCCAGUUGUUCGACGAAACGCCCGACUGGGAUGUUGUGUCGGCCACGGCAACAAUUAGCCGCUUUGCUCGACACCGUUGUCACAGCGGAGCGUUUUAUCUCUUUUCAAGAAUGGCUAUGAUGAAUAUCAGCCCUAAUGAGUUCACUUUCAGCACUGUAAUCCAUUCAUCCACUGCUCUGCAGGACCUCUAUUCAGGGAGGCAACUUCAUGGUUUUGCAGCAAAGAUUGGACUCGAUUCAAAUGUCUUUGUGGGCAGUGCAAUUUUGGACCUCUAUGCCAAGUUGAGCAGUGUUGAGGAAGCUCAGAGAGCCUUUGAAGAUAUCCAUGAGCCAAAUGUGGUUUCUUACUCAACUUUGAUCUAUGGGUACCUCAAGAAAGAGAGGUUUGAUGAUGCUCUCAACCUUUUCCAGGCAAUGCCUGAGAGGAACGUUGUUUCGUGGAAUGCAAUGAUUGGUGGAUAUAGUCAAAUGGGUCACAAUGAGGAGGCUGUGAAUCUUUUCAUUCAGAUGUUGAGAGAAGGAUUAGUCCCUAACCAGUCUACUUUUCCUUGUGCCAUUAGUGCAGCUUCCAAUAUAGCAGCCCUUGGAAUGGGAAGAAGUUUGCAUGCCUGUGCAGUCAAGUUUUUGGGCAAUCUUGAUGUGUUUCUUGGCAAUUCUCUGGCCAGCUUUUAUGCAAAAUGUGGAAGUAUGGAAGAUAGUCUCCUGGUAUUUAGUAAACUUCCUGAAAGAAAUACAGUUUCUUGGAAUGCUUUGAUAUGUGGUUUUGCUCAAAAUGGAAGAGGAAAUGAAGCCUUGGAUUUGUUCCAGAAAAUGCAACACGCGGGUCUUCAACCUAAUAGCAUAACUCUACUUGGUGUACUACAGGCUUGUAACUAUGCAGGCCUUGUUGAUGAGGGUUAUUUGUAUUUCAAUCGGGCAAGACUUGAGGACCCUAGCUUUCUGAAACCGGAGCACUAUGCUUGUAUGGUUGAUCUACUUUCUCGUGCUGGACGCCUCCAGGAAGCGAAGAGGUUUAUCGGUGAUUUGCCCUUUGAGCCGGGAAUUGGGUUUUGGAAAGCCCUGCUAAGUGGAUGCCAAAUCCACUCUAACAUUGAAUUGGGCGAGCUUGCAGCCAGAAAAGUUUUGGAUUUAGAUCCUGGAGAUGUUUCUUCAUAUGUAAUGCUAUCGAAUACACAUUCUGCAGCUGAAAGAUGGAAGAGCGUAGCGAUGAUCAGACAAGAGAUGAAAGAGAAAGGGAUGAAAAGAGUUCCCGGAUGCAGUUGGAUUGAAAUCAAAAACCAUGUUCAUGUCUUUGUUACUGCAGAUAGGAGAGACAGCAAGAGGGAUGAGAUUUAUUUGGUUCUCAGGUUGUUUCUUGAACAUGUAUCUGAUGACCAAGCUCUCAAUUUUUUGACAGAUUAUUACAUCCAGCUUUAUAAUGAAGAAUUGAUCCAAGAGGCUCUGGUUUAGAAUGGAUCAGCUGUGUGUGAAUUGGCGUAUGUCACUCUUGUUUUCAUCUGGAAAGGCAAACGCAAAUAUAAGCUUAGUGGACACCACCCAGCCAUGUUCUUCCUUUCA